CAUGACCUAUAGGUAACUUUUAAUGUACAUUCAUAUUUUAAAAAGUAGUUUUUUAGUGUCAAUAUCACAUUAAGGUACACCUCUAGGAUGGAAUGCCCUGUCGUGGACUGUAUCCCAUACUGACGUAUGAUCAGGGAGAAUAAAUUUCUUCAACAAAUCCUUGUUGGAGCACAGGCUGCUCGUUCUAAUUAACCUCUCUAUCUCACUCUCCUAGAGAGUGCUAUGAAAGAAAUAAACUGUCACUGGCAGAACAGCUUUGCUGGGCCGUGUUGAUCACAGGCUCCCUGAAGCACAUGCAGCUGGGACAGCAACUGAAGGUGAAAGAGAAAAAUCCUAUGAUCCUAUGUUAAAAUGUGUUAGGAAGUGGUCAAAUGCCAGUAGGCCAAUAAAUGAAAUAUGUAAGUGAAGUAACUAGAUAGUGUACAGAUUUAAAGUCAUAGGGACAUAAUAAACCUAUGAGUCCCUACAAUUUAUUACUGGGGUACUAACAAAGGGUCUUCAUAAAAACUAGAACAUUGUUUACUCACCUAACACAAAUAUUAAAUUCUACAACGAUAGCUAUUAGGGACCUGACUACCAGCACAGUAGUUACUCUUUGGUUUAUGGCAUGCCUUGUGUUUGCUGGACAUGCAAGACCAAAAAGUCCUGGCAAGUAAGGAGUUAAAUAGCCUCCCCAAACACAAAAUUCACCCUCUACUCAUACUGCUGAAGGAGAAUGGCUGGGUAGAACACAGAACACAACAAAUUGUGAAAGCAAUGGGAUAACAAUUAUAUACAACAUAUCCGCACAAUAUUUAGCAGUGUAUAGGCUUAUUUAUGAAGGUGUAAGGGAAGCACAUAUCAAAUAGCUUGUGCAAUAUAGGAGUUCAGUUACGUCCUCGUGUAAUUUAACAUGGCUCUUUACAAACAAGGCCCCUGGAACUACACUGACCAGCAUUCCAUAGGGCUGGUGGCACAGUGCCAGACCAAUAGAUUCACUGUGUAUUAAGCAGCUGGUCUGUUCUUUCUGAGUGAAGUGUGGGGCGGGUUAGAGAGGAUUCACUACACUCUUGUGCUCAGCUGAGGCUGCUGACAUAGUGGACAUUGACUGAACUACCAAGUUAUUUAAUCAUUACCCCUUCCCCCUAAACAAAUUGAAAGCUGGUCGCUCUGCUCAAGUGCAGUUUAUACUGAUGUGCACAGUCACACACACUGGAAUGCUUCUAAGACUCUCGUCCUUGGUUUGUUGCAGUCUUGACAGGCUGUCAGGUCAGUCAUUAAGCUGCUGAGACUUGCAAAUGAUUAAAGAACAUCAGAAACAUCUUAUCAAGUACUUCAUUGAGUCUGUCUGAUGGCGAAUGACUGGAGAGUGUCAGAAGUUCAGUGUGUGAUUGUUCAUGCUGAUAUACAUAAUACUGAAGCCGAGCUGCCAGUUUUUAAACUGUCGAGGAGAAUGGUGCAAACAUGAUAUUAAACUGGUCAACAAGGGAAGAUUAAACAGAUGCACCACAAGGCUAAGGUCUGGGGGAAAACCUUAAAUUCAAAUAGGCCUCAAGUCAAAACUGGUACCUAUCUUCCACAGCACUGUUGUGAGGACUCUGCCCAGGGUGGAACAUUAAGUGACCUGAAUAGGAGGAGCUUAGGGAAGACAAAUGUGUUACAUGUAACCAGCCCAGGACCGACAAGCCUAGUGACUCAAAGGGUUCCAACGAGGAAAGAUCUGAACCACUUGUUUCCAGAAAGAUGAUGGCUUACAGGCGCACUUUCACCCCAGGAGGUAGCGGCCGCCUUGCAGUUCUACAGCGCCACCUUAGUGCGGUUCCGUUAUCAGGACAACUUACAUCUACAGUUUAUCCAACUAACUUCUGCUACACUUUGGAUAACAACCUUCUGACCACAGAACAGAGACAAUUCUACGAAGAAAAUGGAUUUUUGGUUAUAAAGAACUUGGUUUCAGCUGUGGACAUUGAACGCUUCCGGGAAGAGUUUGAGAGACUGUGCAAGAAAGAAAUCACAGUGCCUGGGCUACUGAUUAUGAGAGAUGUAGCAAUUGCUAAGUCUGAAUAUGUGCCAGACCAAAAGGCUAUCACAAAGGUUCAGAACUUCCAUGAAGAUCCUGAGCUAUUCAGAUACUGCUCUCUGCCUCAGAUUGUAAAGUAUGUUGAGUGCUUUACGGGACCAAAUAUCAUGGCUAUGCAUACCAUGCUUAUUAACAAGCCACCUGAUGCAGGCAAAAAAAGUUCUCGCCAUCCUAUGCAUCAAGACUUGCACUACUUCCCCUUCAGACCAUCAGAUCACAUUGUUUGUGCUUGGACAGCCAUGGAAAGGAUUGACCGCAGCAAUGGUUGCCUGGUUGUAAUUCCAGGGACACACAAAGGAACACUGAAGCAGCAUGACUAUCCAGAAUGGGAGGGUGGAGUGAAUAAGAUGUACCAUGGUGUUCGUGACUUUGAUCUCACCAUUCCCAGGGUCCAUCUUGUCAUGGAGAAGGGUGAUACUGUAUUCUUUCACCCCUUGCUCAUCCAUGGCUCUGGAAUGAACAGAACAGCGGGAUUUAGGAAGGCAAUAUCUUGCCAUUAUGCCAGUGCAGACUGCCACUAUAUUGAUGUAAAGGGCACCACCCAAGAGAACAUUGAGAAGGAGGUGGUGGAACUUGCAUGUAAGCGCCAUGGGUUAUCUGGUCUCACUCUAAAGGAUACUUGGAUGAUUAAGGCCCGGCUUAUAAAUGGAGAAAGAACAAAUCUGUAAUAGUUCUACAUUUGGCAGUGAAUAAAAGAAAUUGGUCCUAAUGUCCUAUGUAACUGCUGUUCAGAUAAUUUAGCAAACUUGUUACAAUGGAAAUUGUAAUUGUUGCCGUGUUGCCACAAUAGCCUUAAAUGAUACAUUGGGGUACUUUUAUUUGAUUGUCUUUAAGAUUUGUUGGUAAAUCAAUUAAGGAGAGGAAGAUUAAAGAGGAGCUUUAACAUUUAGGGCUAACAUUGUAAUCUGCCAUGUUUUCUACAUUUCAUAGCAUUUGAUUCAGACACAUAUGAGAAUUCAUUCCACAUGUCUCCAGGCUGUAUGGUUUACACCUUUGGAAGCUGAUUCUAAAAUGCAGAACCAACAGCAACCAACUAACAGUAUUGUGUUUUGGAAUAUAAAGGCAGGUGGCUGCUGAAAUAUAACAUCUUUGGAGAUUCCACAUUUUAAAUAAAUUUUACUUAAAAAACCUCUAUAAAUACAUGUAUAAAUGUAUAUGUAAAAAUGCAUUUACGAUAGUUAACCUUCUUUAUAUGAAAUCUAAUUUGAUGACUUGAAAGAAGUAAAAUAAAAUCAACAAUGUUAUUACCAUUA